AGUGUUAGACAACAACUAAAGGGAGGCAGCAUAUAUAAUCGCUGGACGGUGGAUAUGUGGUGGACGAUUGAAAUGUAGUUUUGGCAAAUUGAGGAGAGAGAAAGCGAAGUGAAGAAUCCAGCGUUUGGGGGAUAAUCUGAAUUAGGGUUUGACAGGCAGCAGAAAUGCCGCUGAGUAGGUAUCAGCUCAGGAACGAGUACAGCUUGGCUGAUCCAGACCUCUAUAGGGCUGCCGAUAAGGAUGAUCCUGAGGCUUUACUUGAGGGCGUCGCCAUGGCUGGUCUCGUCGGCGUCCUCCGCCAGCUUGGCGACCUUGCUGAGUUUGCGGCUGAGAUAUUCCAUGAUUUGCAUGAAGAAGUAAUGGCAACUGCUUCAAGGGGUCAUAGCCUGAUGGUUCGUGUUCAACAGCUAGAGGCAGAAGUUCCUAGAAUUGAGAAGGCAUUCCUUUCCCAGACUAUUCACUCGUCAUUUUACUAUAAUGCUGGCAUGGACUGGCAUCCUAACAUGCACAUGGAUGAAAAUCUGAUCACACGAGGAGACUUACCUCGGUUUAUAAUGGACUCUUAUGAGGAGUGCAGGGGUCCUCCUCGUUUAUUCCUUCUGGACAAGUUUGAUGUUGCCGGUGCUGGAGCAUGUUUAAAACGCUACACUGAUCCAUCGGUCUUUAAAGUGGAGGCAUCAUACUCUGGAAUCACUAGUGCAGAUGUUCUUAGAGAAAAGAAAGCUCGUAAAGCAAAGAAGAAAGGUUCUCGUUGGAGGAAUGGAGAAACUCCAGAGAGUUUACCAACAUCACAUGCAAAACUUCAUCAGUUGUUUAUGGAGGAGCGUAUUGAAAAUGGCACAAUUGAUUCUGCCCGUCGGGUUAAAUUGAAAAGAAGGCUGAAUGGAUUUCCAUUUGACAUUAGAUCUGGGAAAAGCUACAUGGAGAAGUUUCUCAGGUCUCCUUCGCCAGAGCAUGAAGAGGUUCAUGAAAUUCCUGUUGAUUCAUCACCUUUGGCUUUGCCAUAUAAUAAUGUUUAUGAAUCUGCAUUUGAAAUAGUCGAAAUCAGAACAGUGAGUCCUGAGAAAGAGUCAAAGCAGACAAUGAGCAGCCCGUCCUCUUCAUCUUCAACUGGGAAGGGGACUACACCAGCAUCGGCCAUCCAUGAACUGAAUGAGGUCCCCAGUCCCAGUCCCAAUGGAAUUUCCGAGGUGUCAAAAUCAAAGUCUACUGUAGAAGCAAAUUACAUUUCCUCUACUCUUCAUAAGGGAUUAACUGCAAUGGAGGUAUCAGUGGAUGGAGGAAUUAAAAAGGAAGAUAGUGGAGGUGACUAUCAAUCUGAUGAUGCUGCAAGUGAGAUAGAGAAUUAUAUGGAUGCACUCGCUACCAUGGACUCAGAAAUGGAUACAGACUCUGAGUUGAGAUCCAAGAAUGAUUUGCUCAACUUGAAUAGCAGAAGGCAGGCAUCAAAUUCAGAUAUGGAUGGGGAACAGGUUCAAGCCCAUUUUUCUGAUUCGGUAUCAAUGGGAAAUUCCAGCUUAUCUGAUGAAGGCAAUACCUCAUCCAAGAAAGAUUUAUCUAGCUUUUCCUAUUCUGAUUCUCAUAGUACUUCUGCUGAAAACACACCUUCAGAGGGUGAAGUUUCUUCUAAUACUUUUACAUCUACAGAAAUCCAUGCAAGUGAGGAUUUACCGACUCAGCAAUCCAUUGGGGGAGGACAUGUGUCCCAGCCUCUAGGAGGUGCUGCUUCUGAUGGUUCCUUCACUGAGCCAGUUGAAAUUCCUGGUAACAGUUCUGAGCCUGGUGAUCUAACUGCUCCUUCUGAUUCAGCUCCUGUUGAUAAGAAUGAAGAAGCAGUUGUAAAACAGAUUGCCUCAAUGGGUCCUGAAAUAGAUGAGAUGGUAUCAAAACUCAGCAUGGACCCACCCUUAAUUUCCAGCGAUGACUGGCUACAAGAGGGAGACUACUCGUCCCGACAGAUGUCUGGUGAUAAUCAGCAUCUAGAUGAGUUUGAGAAUGAGAAUGUCAAUAAAGCUAAGAACCUUGGUAACAGUUCCGAGCCUGGUGAUCUAGCUGCUCCUUCAGAUUCAGCUCCUGUUGAUAAGAAUGAAGCAGCAGUUGUAAAACAGAUUGCCUCAAUGGGUCCUGAAAUAGAUGAGAUGGUACCAAAACUCAGCAUGGACCCACCCUUAAUUUCCAGCGAUGACUGGCUACAAGAGGGAGACUACUCGUCCCGACAGAUGUCUGGUGAUAAUCAGCAUCUAGAUGAGUUUGAGAAUGAGAAUGUCAAUAAAGCUAAGAACCUAGGCUGUACAUCUCAUCUGUCUGUUCAAUCCAUUUCGAGAGAUGGCUUCCUAUUCCAAGUGUCAGCUGAAAAUAAGUUUGAUGAUAAGUUAGAGGAUGAGGACAGAAAUCAGCAGGAUGAUUUAGCUUCUACCGCUGAUUGCACUGUUGCUCACCAUGCCAUGGCUGACAAUCCAUUUCUCUUAUCCUCUGAAACCCAGCCUCUGAACAAGUUACAUGAUGAGGAUGACCCAAAUUCGAGAGAUGAUUCAUCUAAUGCUUUCAAUCCUUUGGAUGCUGUUUUGCAGAAUAGAGAUGAUUUGUCACCCAAAAUGUCAUAUGAGAAACUGCGACUAGAUGACUCUGGUGUUGAGAAUCCAAAUUUUGUUCUGGAUGCCCCUGUUUUUGCAUCUGAUACUAUUGAUGCUGCCACUGAGAAGAAAAUAACUGAAAAUUUGCUGGAGAAUGUGCCUCAAAGUGGUGAUCCGGAAGAUAAUUUGGUAGCAGAUUCUGUAGAAAACCAGAUAGGUCCACAAAAUUUAGUGAUGACACUUACAGGAGAGCAAUCUAUUGAUGCAAUUAGCAUGGAAGUAGAAACUCACUGCUCCAAGGUAGAACCUGUUGACAGAGAUUCUGAAAUAGAUGAUGCAGUUCCAUCAGCUGGGGGAAAAGCAGAAAAUUUAAUCUUCAAAGAAGACAUUCCCGUAAUUUGUGAAUCUUUGGAAUCUUUUGUUUCAGGAACAAUAGGUGAAAUUCCACCACUUGGGCUAUCAGAAGAAAGAACUUCGUACCUUAGAGAGGAAUAUUUUGAUCAGCCCUCAAAUCUAGGAGAUGGUGCAGUAAUGGACAAAGCCACCUCUGACCCUGAUUUAGUAGAAAUGGAUACUACAUCAGAGCCUUCACUCAUGGCUGGCGAUGAUGUACACUUAGACGAGAUUGCUCGUGAACCUUUAAAUGUUCCCGCUACUUUUUCUAGUCAUGAUAAUCAUGCUGUUGAGGAUGACGAUGAUGGUUCAUCUGUUGAUCCCAAAAAAUUUCUUGAGGGACCCCUCCCUGGUAUUGGAAAUGAGCAUAAUGGAUUGGAAACUGAGGCAUUUUGGUUGGAUACACCUGGAAAAUCAGAUAUCGCAGAGGAUGUAUGCCAUCAGAAAUAUGCUUCACCAGAUUUAAACAGUGUGUGCAACAUUGUAACUGAUGAAGAUACAGGGUCACAAGCGUGUGAUGAUGCAUCUGAUACAUAUAUUGUUUCAGAAGCCAGAAGUAGUCUAAAUCCUGGUGAUGCUCCAACAUGUCAAUCAUCUGUUGAACAGAAUGAACAGGAACUACAUCUCAAAGAAAAGUUUGACAUACAAGUGCAAGAAUGUGAACAGAAAUUGUUUAGUGAAGGUCAGGCCAAUUCAGAGUUGUUCAAUCAGUUGCAGCAGAAACAUUACUCAAAUCAUGAUGAUCAAGUGGGAGCUUCUGAUACUUUUGCGGAAUCUUUGCUGGUAAACAUUCCUAGUCAACUGUCAACGUCAAAGCUCUUACCACAGGGCAACAAUAUGAUCGAAGUGAGUGAACACCUGUUAGAUCCAUCAAGUUCAAUAGCUUUGGGCUCUUCUCUGCUUUCAAAUUCAAGUCAGAUCUACGUGGAAGAAAUGCCUCCCUUGCCGCCCCUUCCUCCUGUUCAAUGGAGGAUGGGAAAGCUUCAAUAUGCUAACCAAGCCCUUGAGAGAAUGUCAGCAGAACGCACUGCAACUGCCUUUCCACCGCCAUUGCAAUGUAUAUCUGAUCAGGAAGCUCAACCGUUGGUUCCAUUUUCGCCACCAUCAGCUUCAGCAUGUGAGAUGUCAAUGCCUAUGUCAGAAGAGCUGAUAACUAUUACUAAUCCAUUCUUGUCGCAAGUACAAGCUGUGGUUCAUGAUGGAGAUUCGAAAGAUAAUGUCCUCCCUCAAGAAGUGAUCGGGUGCACAAGUACAUCAUUACAAUUGCCUGAAUCACAUGGUGGAAUGCUGCAAAAUGAUUGCCAGGCUGGAGAGGGAGAAAAAGUCCAGACCAGUUUGGAUUCCUCCCAUGCAUCUGUCAUGGAUGCAGCUUCUGCUGAUGCUUUGGAAUUGUCACACCAAGAAGUUGUCAAACCUCUCAAUGAAAUGGCCCCAGAAAAAAGUUUAAAGGACAUGGAGCUUUGUCAGCACUCUGCUUAUUCAGAUGACAAUGUCAUGACUUGUAGUACAACUGAAUUACCUUCAGAUGUAGCAAACAAGCAUGCCAUGCCAACUUCAGAGGAAAAAUUAUCAUGGCCAACUAGUGAAGAUGGCAAACUACAUGGAGUUCAACCAAUGAAGCUGCCGAGACCUCGAAAUCCUUUAAUAGAUGCUGUUGCUGCUCAUGACAAGAGCAAAUUAAGGAAAGUAACAGAGCGAUUUAGACCUCAUAUACAGAAGGAAGAUGAAAGAGAUUCACUGCUGGAACAGAUAAGGGCCAAGUCUUUCAACCUGAAACCUGCAGUUGUGACAAGACCUAGUAUUCAGGGUCCUAAAACUAAUUUGAAGGUUGCUGCAAUCCUGGAGAAAGCAAAAACAAUACGCCAGGCUUUUGCUGGAAGUGAUGAGGAUGAUGAUGAUAGCUGGAGUGAUUCAUGAAGUCUUGCGCAAGUUUCAUACAGAUAACCUGGCAAUUUCCCAUCAUCCAUGUGAUGCAUAUGCAGUAUAUCUGCGCUGCAACAAUUCUUUGUUGCUUUGUGGAAUAGCGUGGAGGGCAUAGGGAACUCCUCUUCCUCGAAAAGAAUCCUUGCCAUUUGCGGCUUGUGCCUUUCUGUUGGGGUCUUACUCCUUUAAUACAUACAAACAUGCAUAUACUCUCUCUCUCCCUCUCAUAUAGCAAUAGGAGCUAAAUAUAGUUAGUUUUAGCUUGCAAGUGCUUUAUCAAUCGAGUCCAGUGUAGAUAUUAUCACGAUUGAUCUUACCGAUUUUGUGUAAUGAGGUACCACUUUCGUUUCUGUAUACAGUUGUUUCGCUAGCUCCUGGAGAAGUUGUGGUGUAAUUGUUGAAUUCAAUUACUUGUGCAUAUAUGUAACCAUUUUAUGCUUUUGCGCGUACAUGGUGAAAGGAUUUCAUCUGCUAAAUAUCCCUGUACUAUUUUGGUAGAA